GCUUCCUGCCCGGCUCGUCCGGCCCGCGGGUCAUGGAGCUCGGAGCUGCGGAUCGGGAGCAGCCGGCGCGUCCCAACCUGCCCUCCAGGUCCCUGGCUCCCAUCCCUUCCCAGCCUGAUCCCCGGAGACAGCAGCCACCCGGCUGCUGAGCGGCAGUGACAGCAUGAAGGCUCCGGGUCGGCUCCUACUCAUCAUCCUGUGCUCCUUGGGCUUCUCCGCUGUCUACAUCCUGCUGUGCUGCUGGGCCUGCCUGCCCUUCUGCCUGGCCUCCUGCCUGGACUCGCACCUCUCUAUCAACUCCAGGCCCACUGUGCCAGGGCCCCAGCACUUCAGUGGCUACAGCAGUGUGCCAGAUGGCAAGCCGCUGGUCCGAGAGCCGUGCCGCAGCUGUGCCGUGGUGUCCAGCUCGGGCCAGAUGCUGGGCUCGGGCCUGGGUGCCAAGAUCGACGGUGCGGAGUGUGUGCUGCGCAUGAACCAGGCGCCCACCGUGGGCUUCGAGGCGGACGUGGGCCGGCGCAGCACCCUGCGGGUCGUCUCCCACACGAGCGUGCCUCUGCUGCUGCAGAACUACUCCCACUACUUCCAGCAGGCCCGCGACACCGUCUACGUGGUGUGGGGCCAGGGGAGACACAUGGACCGGGCGCUGGGCGGCCGCACCUACCGCCUGCUGCUGCAGCUCACCAGCACGUACCCGGGCCUGCAGGUGUACACCUUCACCGAGCGCAUGAUGGCCUACUGCGACCAGGUCUUCCAGGACGAGACGGGCAAGAACCGGAGGCAGUCAGGCUCCUUUCUCAGCACCGGCUGGUUCACCAUGAUUCUCGCCCUGGAGCUGUGUGAGGAGAUCGUGGUCUAUGGAAUGGUCAGCGACAGCUACUGCAGGUCAAGCCAGCCAGGCGCCGGGCGGGAGGGCACCAUGCGUGGGCCCUGUCCAUGCUGGAGGGGAGGAGAGCCACCCCUCGGUGCCUUACCACUACUUCGAGAAGGGCCGGCUGGACGAGUGUCAGAUGUACCUGGCACACGAGCGGGCACCCCGCAGCGCUCACCGCUUCAUCACUGAGAAGGCUGUGUUCUCCCGCUGGGCCAAGAAGAGGCCCAUCGUGUUCGCCCACCCGUCCUGGAGGACCCAGUAGCCCCAUCGCCCAGCCAGCCACAAGGCCUUCACCAGGCCUCUGUUCCGACCACACUCCACCAAAGACAUUUAAUUUAUGGGUCCUGCCUCCUGUCAUGUGCUGAGCAGACCGCAGUUCCCUUCCUGCCCUACCCUGGGGACACUUGGGGCCAUCUCAGGCCUCUAGACUUAUGGGGAGAAGACGAGGGUCGUGGUGACCUUUGCACCCUCCUCCCUACCCCUGCUCACUGAGUAAUCUGAGUCGGGUUCGUCCCACCUCUGAGUCUGUCCGGUGGCCUUUGCUCCCGGGGCUGGCGGCCCUGCAUUCACCAGCACCAUGAAUUUCAACCGAGCACCAGCCCUGGCCCUUCCUCUCUGCACUCCCUGUCCACCUGCCUUUGGUGCCACACUUCCCAGGCUUGUCGCCCUGGUCAGGGCAACCCAGAGCUUGGGGUUUGUUGGGCGAAGGGGCCUUUGAACUGUGACUGCCAGGGCCACCUCUGGAGUGUAUGGGUAAACAUGUUUUCUGGAAGCCUG